AUGAAUGAAAACCUGUUGAAUGAAGUGAAAAGACAUGGAUGGAGUUGUACCUUCUCUAAUGGCAUCCUCAGGUCUUCUCCCUGCUGGCACGUUGCUGGAAUCUUUGAUCCACCUAACUAAUGAAGUUACUUCGGGGGAAAGGAUUCCUUUUGUACAAACGAAAAACAUUUCAACAGUUAUGAGAAGGAUCAAAUUACUUUUUUCGUUGUUUGAAGAUGUACAAGAGACGGAUAAACCGCUUCCACCGUCUUCAAUCUUGUGCCUGGCAGAGCUUUUCUCGGUUAUUCGCAGAGUUAAGAUCUUGAUUGAGAGUUGCAGAGAAGGUAGCCAGUUAUGGAAUCUUGUGCAGACGGAAUUUAUCUCCAAUCAAUUUUACGCGGUAGUGAAAGAAAUGGGAGGAGCUCUUGAUAUUUUGCCUCUGAGCUUGCUGAAUUUGACUGCAGAUACCAGAGAGCAAGUUGAACUUCUUCACAAGCAAGCAAAAAGAGUUCAAUUAUUCGUCAACCCCGGUGAUAUUCAACGAAGGGACGAGCUUUUUCAUUUGAUGGCCGCUAACAGUGACAAGAAUAGAAAGAACAAAGGCUUCAUUGAUUUCAGAAGAAUAAAAGACAUUCUGAGCAGCAUUGGUCUGAAAAGCCCACUGGAUUACGAAGAAGAGAUUUCAAAACUGGAGGCAGAAGCUGAGAAGCAAGCUGGCACAGGUGGUCUGAUUGUGCUUUCCAAUAUUCAUAAUCUCAUAUCCUUAAUUUCACUAUCAAAAACUACAAUUUUCAGUGAGGAUGAACACCUAAAAACUCAAGAGGACCUGAAGAAGCGCAAAAUGCCAACGAACAACAUUCGUCAGGAUCAAUCAUUUUCACAGUCCAUGGUGUUCAACAUACCUGAUGAAUUCCGAUGCCCAAUUUCACUUGACUUGAUGAAAGACCCCGUCAUUGUAGCAUCAGGGCAUACUUAUGAUCGGAAUUCCAUAGCCCAGUGGAUCAAUUCAGGGCAUCAUACCUGUCCCAAAAGUGGGCAAAGGCUAAUUCAUAUGGCUCUCAUUCCAAACUAUGCAUUGAAAAGCUUAAUUCAUCAAUGGUGCCAGGAGAACAACAUUCCAAUGCUGGAAUCUACGUCUGCCUCAGAGCAGGAAAGAACCACCAGUAAGAGAAGAUCAUGUGAAAAUGCCAUCGACCAUCUUUCUGCCACUAAAGCUGCUGUAGAUGCUGUCAAAAUGACGGCAGAAUUUUUAGUCGGCAAACUGGCUACCGGAUCACCAGAUAUCCAAAGGCAAGCAGCAUAUGAGCUCCGGUUACUAGCAAAAACUGGUAUGGAUAAUCGCAGGAUCAUUGCUGAGGCAGGAGCAAUUCCAUUUCUUGUGAUGUUGCUUGAUGCUACUGACCCCAGAAUCCAGGAAAAUGCAGUCACUGCCUUGCUCAACCUUUCCAUAUAUGACAACAACAAGAUUUUAAUUAUGGCAGCUGGUGCAAUUGAAAACAUAAUAAAUGUCUUACAAUCAGGAAAGACGAUGGAGGCAAAAGAAAAUGCUGCAGCAGCAAUUUAUAGCCUGUCUAUAAUAGAUGACUACAAGAUAAUUAUUGGUGCCCAUCCUAAAGCUAUUCCAGCUUUGGUUGGGCUUCUAGGAGAAGGUACGACAUCUGGUAAAAGGGAUGCUGCAACAGCACUUCUUAACCUUGCGGUUUAUAAUGUUAAUAGGGCAAUGACAGUUCAUUCAGGAGCAGUUCCCUUGCUUAUUAACCUAUUGACAGACGAUAAGGCUGGUAUCACUGAUGAUGCCCUUAAUAUGCACAAGAAUUAA